AUGGAUAAUUUCCGUGUUGUUCGUAAUUUUGGGGAAUAUGCUGGAAAUGAAGGUUAUGCUACUUCGUUAGCUGAUCAAAGAGCAGUUGCUCGGGCUGCAGCUGCUCCCUGGUAUACUGGUCAUAUGAAUAUGUAUGAGGACUUUGGUGCAUUUGCUCCACAACCGCUUUCUUCUGCUAUUGGUGGUGGCGGAGGAGGUAGUGGUGGUGGUAGCGGCGGAGCUGGGAGUGGUGGAGGACGUAAGGGUGGUGGAGGCGGAUCAGGUCAAGGAGGACGUUAUGGAAUGCAACGAUAUCCAAUGAAGCAAAGAAAUAUUCGUCGACAACAUAUUCAAUAUCCAGUAAUUUUUUUCCUUUUAAAAAUAUUUCAACAUUUUCAGUAUUCUCCUGUCCCAGACAAUGUUCCCCAUAAAGAAAUUUCUGUUACUAGCAACAGUUGUUUUUGCUUCCAUGGAUAUGCCAAUAUCUUUACUUUACAGCAUCGAGUUAAAGAUCUGACUGGAAUCUCUUCUGGAAAAUUUACUGAUGGUUCAACUCGUGAUUAUUCGUCCUUGGCUCGUGAAUUGUUGCGUCAGGCUUCGAUUAAACGAUCUGAUGUGGAAAGUUGGCGUACUGGUCGUGGACUUGAUGUUAUCCAGAAAGCAAUACUUGAAAAACUUCGCCAAUGUCAAGAUAUGCGAAAUGCUUUGACCAGUACUGGCGAUAAAAUUCUUGUUCAAAGCUUUGGUGGUGACGAUUAUUACGGAUCUGGCACUCCUGCCAAAUAUGUUAAAGAUUGGUGUUCUGGAAUUGAAAAGAAUAAAGGUUCACUUAAGUUUCCAAUGGUGUUUCCGUUAACCGAAGAAUAUGUUAAAUAUAUUCCAGUCAUUGGAAAGGGCAAGAAUGUUUUGGGUGCGCUUUUUAUGAUUUUGCGGGAAAAGUUAAACAAUUCACAGUUAGACGAUUUAAACUUUUCUUUUUCAAAAUCUGCUAGUGUUGGUGGUGGGCAAACUGGAAUGGAUUUUACUGUUGAUUCAAAUUCUUGAAUGAUUUAAAUUGAGAAGUAAUAUUUGAGGGUUUACGUAUUUUAUUUGAUGUUUUUUAUUCUGGAAAUUGGCUUUUUUGAAAAAUCUUUUGAUUAUUAAAAUCAUUUAUUUUUUUGUAUUAAGUAAAUGUUUACUCAAAUUCGCGAGAGAUAAUGGUAAUCUUUCAGAACAUUGGUCCCGAUAAUAGAAUGAUGAAAAGUGGUUUUUUCGGUAUUUUUUGGUUUGCCGCCAGUAGGUAUCAAGUGUGCUGAGUCCGAAUCUGUAUUCAA